CACGAAAGAAAGCCCAUUCCUAACUCCAACGUUUCUAAGGUGAAUGCAGAUCGUAUUAAUAUGAACGAUUGAGAUCUCUCAUGUUACAUUUACCGAAAUGCACGAAAGCAACAGGGUCGCUGUCCGUGGUGCUGACUGUUUUAAUACUGCAUUGUUUGCUGCAUCACAAAGCACUGCGAUUGUCUGGCUGUAUGUGUUUACGGUCUUUUUAGAGAGCUUUAAGAACUAUAAUUUUACAGUUAUUUAUUAUUAUUAUUUUAAUAGCACUGCAAUGAAAGUGUAAGAUCGCGAGGUGUCAGUGUAAACUCAUGAUGGUGUAAAAAUACGCCCACUCCCCGUCUGUCGUCACUUGCACGAAACAUUUGUUCAUUUUUAUCAGUGGUGCGUGUUGCUUGGUGCUCUUCUACAUGGACUUCCAUUAUAUAUAUUUUUAGAGUGCUACAUCAUUUAGUUGUCUCUUAUGUGGCUAUUCGAUGAAUAUUUGUAGAGCCGUUGUAAAAUUGUUGUGGAUCGAGUUGCAAAAUGGGACAAAGGAGACCUCCUCACUGGCUGGAGCCGCGUUUGAAAAUCCUUUUCAUUGCUUUCUCGCUUGUUUUUGGGAGGACGGUCUGGGCGCAAAUUCGCUACUCGAUCUCUGAAGAGCAGAAGGAUGGAGCUGUUGUAGGAAAUAUUGCGAAGGAUUUGGGUAUUGAUUACAGAACCUUAAAUGAUCGAAGAUGUCGCAUCGUCUCGACCUCAGGCGAGUCAUUGUUCAGUGUGAAUCAAAAUGACGGUGUUUUGUAUGUGAACGGUAAAAUAGACAGAGAGGCGGUGUGCGAAAGAAUCAACCCGUGUUUAAUCAAUCUGAAAAUCGCUUUAGAAAAUCCACUAGAAAUUCAUUACGUGACUGUUGAUAUCAUUGAUGUGAAUGAUCACGCUCCGAGAUUCCCAGAGCAGGAAAUGCAUUUAGAAAUAUACGAAUCAGUUUUUCCUGGUGCUCGUUUCCAGCUUAAGGGAGCGCGUGAUCCAGAUAGUGGCAGUAAUUCAGUUCAGGUUUAUAAACUCAGCCACGCCGAUUUUUUUCGUAUUGAAAUUAUAGACCGAGAUGAAGACGGCAAAGUUCCUGUACUGAUAUUGCAAAAGCCGCUCGAUCGAGAGGUCACUAAAAGUUUACAAUUACAAUUAACUGCUUUAGAUGGAGGCAAACCGCCAAAGUCUGGAACAAUAGACAUAACGAUAGAUGUGUUAGAUAUCAAUGAUAAUGCUCCUGUGUUUACUAAAGAUACUUACAGUGUAGUGCUGAAUGAAAACACGCCUGUAGGCACAACAAUUUUAAGAGUAAAUGCAACCGAUUCAGACGAAGGUCAAAACGGAGAAGUUAUUUAUGCAUUAGGACAUAACGUCAAUAACAAAUUACGCAAACUUUUUGAUGUUAAUCCAACCACAGGAGACAUUAUUGUGACAAGCCUUUUGGAUUUUGAAAUUAAAGAUAAAUAUCAGAUUGAUAUUAAAGCCUCUGAUAAAGGAAUUGUUCCUCUAUCAACAGAUAAAAUAAUUACUAUAAAAAUAGCAGAUGUAAAUGACAAUCCUCCUCAGAUAGAAGUGACAUCAUUUUCAGAGUCUGUUCCUGAAGACUCCAAACCUGGCACAACAGUGGCUUUAAUAAGUUUAUCAGAUUUAGAUUCUGAAAUAAAUGGGAGAGUCUCGUGUUCAAUACCAGAGGACGUACCUUUCAAACUAAUGUCUUCAACACAAGAUAAUACAUAUUCCUUAGUUACAACAUCAGCUCUUGACAGAGAGACAAAAUCUCACUAUGAAGUCAUGUUGGUAGCCAAAGACGCCGGACAGCCACCUCUGUCUUCUGUUAAAACUAUAACUGUGCAGGUGUCAGAUGUAAAUGACAACAGUCCAGAGUUCAGCUCUUCCCCUUAUGUGUUUUAUGUGAUGGAAAAUAAUGUGCCAGGCAAAUCUUUAUUUUCUGUGUCUGCUUCUGAUAAAGAUGCCAGUGAAAGCGGCGUUGUUAACUAUCAAAUAUGGAGAGAUGGCGGUGUAGAAAACAAAUAUACAUCUUUUAUUAACAUUAAUUCAGAUAAUGGAGAGAUUUAUGCGCUGAAGAGUUUUGACUUUGAAACUGUAAAGACAUUCCAGUUUCACGUGCUCGCUACAGACUCUGGAUCUCCGUCUCUGAGCAGUAAUGUGACAGUAAACGUGUUUAUUCUGGAUCAGAACGACAAUGUUCCAGUGAUCUUAUAUCCAGUGAGUGCUAACGGUUCUGCUGAGGGUGUGGAGGAGAUUCCCCGAAAUGUGAACGCAGGUCAUUUGGUGACUAAAGUCAGAGCCUAUGAUGCAGAUAUAGGAUACAACGGCUGGUUAUUAUUUUCACUACAGGAAGUUAGUGAUCACAGUCUGUUUGGUUUGGACCGCUAUACGGGACAGAUAAGAACCCUUCGCUCAUUCACAGAAACAGACGAGGCCCAGCAUAAACUGGUCAUACUGGUGAAAGACAAUGGGAACGUUUCUCUCUCAGCAACAGCGACUGUGAUUGUGAAAGUUGUGGAGCCUAAAGAGGCUUUUGCAGCUUCUGAUGUUACAAACGCAGUGAAAGACGAGGAGGAAAACAACGUGACGUUUUAUUUGAUCAUCACAUUGGGCUCUGUGUCAGUGCUUUUUAUCAUCAGUAUCAUCGUGUUGAUUGUAAUGCAGUGCUCGAAAUCUUCGGACUAUUCGUCUAAGUAUUUACAAGAUGCGAAUUACGAUGGGACUCUGUGUCACAGCAUUCAGUACAGAUCUGGAGACAAACGGUACAUGCUAGUUGGGCCUAGAAUGAGUGUCGGUUCUACUCUAGCACCUGGCAGUAAUAGGAAUACUCUAGUGAUACCAGAUUGCAGGAGGAGAGAUUCUGGAGAGGUAAGAGACUGCAAGGUUUGGUAAUAUCUAAUCCCAUUAGCAUUUAUAGAAUAACAUUAACAACAAAUACUUAGUUUAUGUUCUAAAUGGUGGAGGGGUCAAACUAUUUUAUACUAUACAGAAAUUUUUGUCUGUAUCUGUCUGUGUGUUGACGAUGGAGAUGUAUUUGGUGAUGCUUAGAUUAUGUUGGUUAUUCUCCUUAAUUUUUUCUUACAUUUUAUAAAUGUUAGCCAUCAUUUUAAGCAUUGGUUGCAUUUUUUUUGGGCUCAUUCAAUUUAUUAAGAUUGAGAAAUCAAUAAACACUUUAAAUGUAUUGUGUGCACUCUAAAAUGUACUGGGUUGUUUCAUAGUUGGGUCAGAUAUGGACAUUUUCUAGUUAAUUUAAAACAUUUGUUUCUUCAUAUUUUACCCAAACGUGGGUUAAAAACCACUCAGCAUUUUUUUUUCAAAUUGUGCAUUUUACUUACAAUUUCUUUAUAAAAGUUUAUAUGUUCAAUUUCUGGUGACAACCUGAAUAUUUCUGUUGGCACUGAAUUGGACAGGCAGAGGACUUUGGGUUUCAACAUGCUUCACAUAGACAUUAAGUAAAUAUUUACAUUGUUGGGUUUGUGUUUUUAAGGAAGAUGGGAAAAGGAAAGCUUGUUAGUGUUGAAUGUUGAAUACUGUGAUGCUAAAGACUGCAUCUUAUGGGUGCAUGAUUCUUAGGUGUCAUUUACACUGGGGACAUGUCCCCACCACUUUUUGAAAUGGCUGAUUUUGUCCCCACUUUUUGAAAGCAUUUGGUUAAAAUGUUCUGACUUAUACGACUAGUUUUGUUGUCCAGGUUCACAUCUGUUGCGUUGUAUGCUUAUGAUGUGUUUUCUUUUACAUAUGUAUUGAAUUUAAUUGUAAUCAUUGACUUAACGCGCUGCUGUUUUCUACAGUAUGGUGCUUUGGCACUGUUUGGUUGAGCUGGUGUUGCAUGGACUGUUACAUGUGCAGUUGACAUUGUUGAGGGAUUUAGGCAGAGUAUUUUCGUGUUGUUGACUGGCCUACACUAUGCCCAUUUUUUAUGCGCCGUUAUUCAAUAUUUUUCCUGUCCUGCUGUAAUGUUUUUCAUCUGAUCACAAACUGACGCCCCUGGCAUGAUUGAUAGAUAAAAGUUUAUGUUGCUUUAUUCAGUGAGUAAUUCUUGAGACACACGUAACCAUUUUCAUUAGUACUGUUUCCAUAUGGAAUCAAAGGCAAUGGAAAUUGUAAUUGUGUGAAACAAACGAGUUGAUUUAAAAACAUUUUAAAGUACC